AUACAUUGGCUAACGGGGGAUUAAUAAUGCUGGCGUCUUGAUUGAAGUUCAGAUGCUCUCUCUGGCAAAUGGAAGGUGGGGAAGGAGAAGGGAGGCAGGAGAGAGUGACGGAGAGGGGGGGAGCAAACGAGCGGAGAGUUGCAAAGACAGAGGAUGAUGAGGGGUUUUCAGAUGAGAGCCGAGGAGAGACAGAUGGGGAGAGGAGAGGGAAAUAGAGAAAGGGAGUUAGAGCAGUGAGAGGGAGUGGGAGGAAGAAAGAGCAAGGAUAGGAGGCAGCGGCGCAGUGCAGUGCGGGGGAGAGAGAGACAGGAAAGGAGAGAGAGAGACAGAGAGAGAGAGAGAGAGAGAGAGAGAGAGAGAGAGAGAGAGAGAGAGAGAGGGAGGGAGGGAGUGAGAGACGGGAAGCCUCCAGUGCUACUGAACCAGUGAUACGCAGGCAGGCAGACAGAGAAGACGAGGAGAGUGAGGCCAUCGGCAUCUCCAAGGCCGGCCCGAUGAGGGGGUGAGGGGCUCAAUAGCACUACAACGGAGAGGAUAGUGGGAGGGGAAGCAGCAGGAGAGGGAGAAGAAGAAGGGAAAAGAGGCAGGGCGAUAAAAAACAGGAGCAGGCUUCAUCAGGGAAAGGGGAGUAGAUGGGUGGGAUCUGAGCCGAGCUGGGAAAAAGCGGAUAAAAGUUUUGGAGAGAGAGUAGGAGAGGGGAACAGAGACUUAAGACGGAGCGGAUAGAGUCUAUGUUGAUGGCAAAGGUAGGAGGAGAUUCAUGGAAAAAGAGGAGGAAGCUCUCUGUGUCUCAGGAGUCCUCCUGUACCUCUUCUGCUUCUUCAUCUUUCUGUGAGGCUGCUGGACACCCUCCAUCACCAUGUUCUCUGACAGCAGGGCUCCAGCGCCUGGGGAGCAGAAAGGCUUCAAGCCGCACGCCCCUCACUUCAUCCCAUGGCUGCGCAACAGUCUGAAGUCCCACCACAGCAGUGACCUGGGGCUCAACAGGCCGCAAAAACCCAACCCUGAAGCCCCCGGCAGCCUGACCCCGCUGGAGAAAGCCAAGGGGAUCGGUUUCUUCUCCUUUCCAGGAAAGGGCCGUACAAAGAAGGGGGACUUGCGGUGCAAUGGCGUGGGGAUGGCGAAGAUGCUGCCGGUGGUGCUGAGGGGGCCCCACAUCCUGCCAGGGAGUCUGGGGAAGCAGAGGGAGGAGAGUCCUGUCAGGUGGAACCAAUCUCCAGAUUUAGACCCAGACCUCAACGCACAAAUCAGCCCAGGGGAUGGGCCACAGGGUCCGGUCAACAGCUUUACUUCUGCCAAGGAGAACCACACAUUGGUGAGGAACUACAGUGGUCAGCUGAGCCUCCUUCACUCACAGAAUGACAGGACCAGCACCUCAGCGAAGAAAUACGGGCCCCUGGUGGUACCCCCUCCGGUUCCUGUUCCCGCACUGCUCGUUGAGGAGCCGAACUGUGAGGUGCCUGUUGUGCUGUGUAUGGAGGACAGGAGGGAGAAGGUGUGGGACUACGCCAGCCAAACCACUUACCGCCAGAGAGACCUGCACUCAUCCAGCUGGGUCAGCCCAGACACUCAGGGACUUAUCGAGAGGCACGGCUUCAGCUCCAGCUUCAGCUACAUCAAACAACAGAGCAGGAACUCCCAGAGCCACAGAGACCUGACAGCGCUGAGAGAACCACCUGUGGAGGGCUUCAGCGGGCCCCUCAACGGAGUCAUCUUCUCCACCGAGGUCCCUCAUAGAGGCCUGGGCUGCACCACGGUGCUACGACGCCCCAGGAAACCCAGGCCGGUGUCGGAGCACAUCGCCGUCCUGGGCCAGAAGCAGACGUCAGUCAGGCGCAGACCAAAGAGUGAAGGGGAGCCGGGGAGGAAGGAGGCGGGCUGCAGCAGGAAGGCAGUUCGAAAUCAGAUCAAACGGGUGGUGGACAACCUGGAGCAGGUGCUCACAGCGCUGAGGGACGUGCACCAGGAAAUGAGAGAGGUGGUGCAGCAGAUCGACUAUCUAACCUCGUCCAUUGAUCUGAACGAGGAGGAGGAGGAGCAGGGCACUAGAGGAGGCGACAGGGCCAAGCCUCCCAGCGACAGCAGCUCCAGUUCGGACUCCGAGGUGACAAUAUGCAGCACCCGUCGGAGGCCCUCAGAGCCUGGAGAGCAGCCAGGAACCACUGACUCAUCUGGCACCCUCAGGAGAGGUCACCAUAGCAGGGGCCAGUCUCCACCCAGUGUGCAGCUGUGCCCGGUGUCCUCAUCCGAGAGGGGCCGAACUCUGCGCUUCGCCUGCACUCUUGGGUCUUCUCCCAGAAAAGGUGGACUGCUGCCGUACAGCAAUAACCCCCCCUCAUCUGGUCCAAGUCAACUGCAGAACCUCACUUCCCAUGACCUUACGCUGCAUCCCCAAAGAAACCUCCCCGUCCGACCUCCCACUCCUGGUCUCUCCCCCCUCACAGUAAACCUCCAUUCCUCCAGAAGCCCAGUUUCUCGGCCUCAAUCCCCUGGUCCAUCCUCCUUCAUCAGGGUCAGCCCUGUCUCCCCUCCCACCCCGCUGUCUCCAAAGCCUCACCCACCCCCUGCCCUCAGCCCGUCUGUCAUCAUCGAGACCAAAGUAGGUUCUUACCAGACCCCACAACGCGACCACCCAUGUGCUGGCUCGCUCCCUCCAUCAUCGGCCCAGCCUCCAUCUGCCAGCUGCCCACCCACAGACUCACAAACUCAAACGGCGACCAGCGUUGAGAGAGAGAAGCGAGCGUCCUCAGCGGGGCCUGUUCACGCAAAGUCACAGGUGUGCACUGCCUCUGCAGCCCCAGCUAAACCAUCAGUGGCGCAAGGUCGCCGAGGUCGCAAACCUCCACCUUACCCCCACCACAGACUCUCUGACCACACAAAGAAAGUGAAGGAGACCCGCAAAGCGCCUCCGUAUCCAGAGAAAAGAAAGCUGCUCUCGACCACGGUGUGAGACAAGCAGCAGGAGUGGGAGGCCGAUCAAACUGAGCCACAUUCAAAGCACCAGCCACGGAGUCUGCAGGAGCGAGGAGUGAUUUAAGGGCUCGCCAAGUUAAACUAAGACCAAGUUUCCAAGGUGACAGGACAGAGCUGCAACUCGGGGAUAUGGACGUGGGUACUUCCUGAUGUGACGUCUUGAUGGGGACAAAAAGGGACACACAACAAACAUCCCAGUUGAGCACUUCCUCAACUCCAGAGGACAGACGAGAGAAACCAAACCGAGGCCAAACAAGGGCUCAGAGCCAGAGCAGGAGGAUGGAACAUGUGCUCUCAAUGACAGAGUGACACUACUGUCCUUGCUGCGGGAAGGAGGCGUGUCAAGGUGAACUUCACUGAUGACCACAUCCGAUACGCAGACCUCCACUGAGUGACUGAGCUCAGACACAGUCCAGACAUUAACCUUCCAUAAAACAUUACGUGCAGAGACACGACUAUUCAGAGCCUGACUUCCAGGACAAAUAAAGUUUUUAUUUUUUUCUUAAUGUCUUUGUGUGUGUGUGUUGGUAUGAGCCAGUGCGGCCCGAUGCAUCAUUAGAGGACAAUGGAUUUAAAAUGUACAGCAACAUGGGGAGUACAUAAUUGGUUUCCAUGGAGACAUAAGUUUGACAGGAGGGGUUGUUAAGUAAAGCAAAAGACACGUCCAAAGUGCGAGGGACGACAUGUUUUAUUCAAUUGUGCUCAGAACUUCACAGUGCAGAGUUACACUGCUCUGUCUCUGAUGAUGUGAGGUGACAUUAGUGUGUAGGAUUUAGUGUCAUCUAGUGGUUAAGUGUCAUUUUACAGCCAAACUAAAUACCCCUCACCUCAACCUCCCCUUGAACGCAUGUGGGAGGACCUACAGUGAGCUCAAGGUAACAAAUGUGAAAGGUCAUCACCUCUAGAGCCUGUGUUUGGUUUGUCUGUUCUGGGCUUCUGUAGAAACAGGGUAAACUCCCAAUGUAGAUUUAAAGGGCUCAUUCUAAGCUGAUGAAAACACAACGUUGCUUAAUCAUAUUUGAUUUCU